AUGGGCGCCCUAUGCUGCCGUCCCACGGUCAUCGACUUUGAAGGCGACGUUAACUUGUUCCACUUUAUUCUUCUCAGAUGCGUCGGAAAGGGUGCAUUCGGAAAGGUCCGGGUCGUGCAGCACAAGCAGACGCGAGAUCUGUACGCGCUCAAGUACAUCAACAAGGCCAAGUGUGUAAAGAUGAAGGCCGUCGCGAAUAUCAUCCAGGAGCGUCGUCUCCUCGAGGAGAUCGACCACCCGUUCGUCGUCAACAUGCGAUACGCGUUCCAGGACGACGAGAACUGCUUCUUCGUUCUCGACCUCAUGCUCGGCGGCGACCUCCGCUUCCAUCUGGAGCGCCUCGGCUCGCUUUCCGAGGAGACUGUACGAUUCUACGUCGCCGAGCUGGCCUCUGCCCUCUCCUUCCUCCACGAGAAGCGUAUCAUGCACCGUGACAUCAAGCCCGACAAUAUCCUCCUCGACGAGCGCGGUCACGCUCACUUGACCGACUUUAACAUCGCCGUCCACUUUUCAGAACGGCGCAUGUUGACGGGUGUUGCGGGCAGCAUGGCGUACAUGGCACCCGAGAUCCUUACCAAGCGGGGAUACACCUAUCCCAUCGACUGGUGGUCUCUCGGCGUAUGCGCCUACGAGCUCAUCUUCGGCCGUCGACCUUUCCGCGGAAGAACCAACACGGCGCUCACGCAGAGCAUAUCCAAAGACACCUUGCGCUUCCCCGAGAACGCAGAGUCCAAGUGCAGCAAGGACGGUAUGAGGGCCAUCAAAGGCUUCCUCGACCGCGACCCAUGGAAACGCCUCGCGUGCAGCCCCAAGGGCGAGAGCAUGGAGGAGAUCCAGCAGCACCCGUGGUUCGCUGGCAUCGACUGGGAGACGCUAACGCGGAAAGAACUGACUUCGCCUUUCGUGCCUGACAGCAAGAAGGCGAACUUCGACGCGUCGCACGAGCUCGAGGAGUUAUUAUUGGAGGAUAACCCCCUCAAGGCGAAGCAGCGGAAGGAUCGGGACAUCAGCACCCUCAGCGCGGAGAUGCGGCAGAUGGAGGAGCAGUUCACGAUCUACGACUUCAGGCAAAUGCACCGCAGGUCGUACUACCCGCACAAUCAACAGAUCGUGAGCACCAUGACGGCGACGAGCAGUACGGGCGGCAUGGUCGCGAGCCGACCAGUGACGCCCGCCAUCUCGGGCGACAUGGACGGGCCCGUGCGGAUGCCCUCGGCGGACGGUAUAACAGAGGUCGGCGUACCUCUGAGCGCGAUCCACAGCGACGAUGGGCACAUACACGGCGUUGACGAGCACGAGAUGAGCGAGAAGGUCGAGCCGGUUCAUGCGCAGUAA